AUGGAGGAAUCUGGUGGAGGAUGUGUGCCCUCGGACGCAGAUUUUGCUGCGGAAUACGAUGUACAGGAGAUACUCGGAGAGCAGUUCACACGCGGGCUCGAAUUUUUGGAACUUAAGGCGAUUGAAAUAGACAGGUGUCACACUCAAACUGCACUGAAGCUCACGGAGGCGACCAGGAAGGUCAUGCUUCCAGGAAACCUGCAAUAUGUGCGAAUGUGCAAGGCGAUCGACCAACAGCGCCUGUUGCUCAUAUACGGAAGAGAUUCCGAGGUGCCUUUUCGCUCUGAAUUCGAGAGCCAAGGCAUACAAAUAUAUGGUGAACGCACAGUAAAGGUGCCGCGCUACUCCCCAAGCACCUUAGAACAGUAUCACCAGUGGUCUAAGCAUUGGCCCCUCAAGUACCUGAAACCAAGCGUGACCCCCGUCAAGAUCACCAAGUCACUGAAAGACAAGAUUCUGAGCAUGAUUGAAGCCACUCUGAUAGAGUCACGCAACAAUCAAGACAAAGCCGUAUGCAUCAUCACGCACAACGAUCGCAUUAUCGCAAAGGCAGUUGACGAACGAGAUACCAACAUACUCAACCAUGCAGCGCUUCUGGCUGUUAGAAAGGUGGCUCAACUGCAGAAGAAUGACCCGAAACGCAUGUCUAACGCCAAGAGAAGGUUCACGGGGUCACACAAUGGAAGCGGUAACGCAGAGGCAUCAGUGGCAGAGGAGCCUACGGAUGAUGUCGAGAUUCCGGAUUACCUGUGCACACAAUGUGAAGUUUAUAUGAGCCACGAGCCGUGCUUCGUAUACGCGACGGGCGACAAGUUGAAGCUUAAAUUUCCACAGCUGUUCGUCACCUGGGAGAUUCUCGAUUACGACGCACCUGCAGCUCUUCAGGUCGAGUUCCUCGACGGUAGGAAAAGGAGGAUAAAAGCAAUAACCCAAAGAUUGACAAUGGCGGAAGCGAAUGAAGAGAGCGCUAACGACAACGUAUCGCAAACUACCCCCGUAGUCCCGCCACUUGAAGCAGAGGGCGCCAGCGUGGCGGUAGGGCACCAGGAAAUUGACCUCACCACACUCAACGAACCUGAGCCUGAAAGCGAGAGAAAUGAGAGUGAGCCGGUAACAACCGAAUUGCCCAAUCAGGGAUCCAGGUAUUUUAACACUCACAUUGCAGUAUUAUACGAUGCAUUCUCGAACUUCAAGGACAGGGCAUCCAACAGAUUCAAAGAACGGGUUAUGACCUUUAUGCGCCAUGAAAAUAUUAUUAAUGCCACCACGAAUGCAAACAGCUCGUCCGAGACCAGAAGGGAUGUGGAGGGCGGAGAAGUGAGAAGGGCUUCGGAUGUCACGUACGACUCACUUAUAUUCAAAAUUACCGUGGUACUCGGCUUUGUGCUCCAGUUUCCAGUAUUGUGGAUUGCGGGGAGCUUCCUGUUCAUCGCAACGAGUAACCUCAAGGCUAGCACCAUAAAGUGGGGAUGCGUCAACAUCUUUCUCUCCAUCAUCUCAAUUAUGUACAUGGUGCAACAGUGGCAACUGCGGUCAUCCAAGUACAUGUACAGUGUCGCCGAAGAAACCAUCAUAUUCGAAUCCAACAGAAUGCCCCAACGGUGGGAAUCCUCAAUAGCCGAAAAGGAUCACCUACGUCUGUUGAAAGAAUUCCAUGCCUUAAAAGACCAGGGCGGAUACAGCUCCGUUAAACUGGGGGACGAUAAAAACUUGGUCAAUCCGGAUAAUGCGAAGGACAGCCACAGUAUCUAUAUCGCCACUGGACUGGAAGUGGACGUCAACGGUUGGAUACAGUUCGGUGCCAUCCUGUCGAAUGAUUCCAAAUCGCCCCGAUCAGAGGGGUUACUUAUGAGGAUCGGAGCACCCGGCAAAUACCCGGUAGCAUUUCAACCUUACGAUACCCCAAUAUUCGAUAUUGGAUUGAAGUGCACCAAUGCGAAGGGCAAGGUUGUUUGGAUCGGUGCGAACGCGUCGAAGGCAAACAAAAAGGGAAUAGAAUCAGAUGUGUUUUACCUAAACGGGACUCACUCGUGCUUACUUGCAUACACCAUAACAGGAUCACGCCCUCUGGUGCAUAAAGCCUAUAUAAAAACGCUCUAA